UCAGAGGAAAUGGCGUCCGUCGUCACCAUGGUCAGGCGCAGAAGGGUUUACAGUUGCCAACCAGUCAAAUCCCCUCGAAGUUGAUAUGUCAGAUAUGUAACUGCCUCUCGUUCACCGGGCUCAGAAAUAUGUUUUUAAGUGGAGAGAGAGACCCAGCUUGUGUCGGAAGUUGAAGACAUAACCGGUAAGAGUCAGACAUUUCCUCUCUGCUAGCUCAGCGGCUAACCGUUAGCUUUAAUCCCCUAAUCUGAGCAGCUAUUCAGGCGGAGGUGGUUGACCCCAUAGAUAUAUAUAAACACAGAUGGCUCAAGGGGGAGUCGCCAGCGUAGCUCACCUGCGUCCACUUUACCACAGUCAACAACUACUGCUACAGCUGUUGUAAGGAACACCGGAGACGUUGCUGCUACUGUAGACUCCUUGCAGAGGAAUGGCCAAAGAGCUGAAACAAAGCAGGGCAGAGACAUUUGUGCUGGCUGGAUCGAAUGGUCACAAUGGCCAACAAUGGCAGACCGGUCUGAGUGACUUCAACCAUCCUCUGGGCCCUGACCACAAGUCCAGGAUGUCCCGCGUUGCUUCCGAUGUGAGGCUCAAGUGUGCAGCCUACGUGCUGGCCCUGAGGCCGUGGAGCUUCAGCGCCUCGCUCACACCGGUGGCCCUCGGCGGCGCCUUGGCAUACAAGCUGGAGGGCUCCGUGGACUUGGUCAUCCUCAUGGUGUGCGCGGUGACCGUCCUCGUGGUCCAUGGGGCGGGGAACCUCGUGAACACCUACUAUGACUUCUCCAAAGGGAUUGACCACAAGAAGAGUGAUGAUAGGACUCUGGUGGACGAGAUCUUGGCACCGCAGGAUGUUGUCAUGUUCGGAGCGUUGUUGUACUCUUUGGGCUGCUUGUGUGCCACUCUGCUCUAUUUCCUGUCAACACUCAGACUGGAACACUUAGCCCUUAUUUACUUCGGGGGAUUGUCCAGCUCUUUUUUAUACACUGGAGGCAUUGGCCUCAAGUACGUGGCCCUGGGAGACGUGGUGAUCCUCAUCACCUUCGGCCCGCUGGCGGUCAUGUUUUCGCACGCGGUGCAGGUGGGCUACCUGUCGGUGCUGCCGCUGGUGUACGCCAUCCCUCUGGCCCUAAACACGGAAGCCAUCCUGCACAGCAACAACACCAGAGACAUGGACUCUGACAAGCAGGCGGGCAUCGUCACGCUGGCCAUCCUCAUCGGCCCCACGCUGUCCUACGUCCUCUACAACAUGCUGCUCUUCGUCCCCUACGUGCUCUUCUGCCUCCUGGCCACCCGGUACACCAUCAGCAUGGCGCUGCCGCUGCUCACGCUGCCCAUGGCCUUCCCCCUGGAGAAGCAUUUCCGCAGCCGAUGCUACGCCAAGAUUCCCCAGAAGACGGCCAAGCUCAACCUCCUCAUGGGAAUUUUCUACGUGUUCGGGAUCAUUCUGGCCCCUCCCGGCAGCCUGCCCUCACUGUGAUUGAACUAGCUUUGAUAUCUUCACAUUUUGUCAUUUUAAUACAGACUAGUUCAUGUACCUUUGUAUUUGUACAGAGCUAUCUGAGGGCUUUCACUUGCGUUAAUUUAUUGACAUAUUUAUAUGUUGAACAGUUUUAGUUUAGGUUCACCUCUGUGACACUGAAGGCAUAAUCAGCUGUUGUUUUUGUCCAGUAUUAAGCCUGCUGUCAUGUGUUGGUAACAGUCAUUGUGUCAUUUUUUUUAGAGCUAGGAAACAUUUUUAUCAUCUACAGCCAGACAAUAAACUUGCAGUUGCCAUAUUUUGUUGCUGGUACCUAAAAAACAUGAAUGAAUCAAAUGAAAUACACUGUACUCUGCACGGUACAAGCUGUUCAAUUGCUCAUUGUCAUUUUUCUUUGGUUGGAUUAUAAUAAAGCUCACUGAUGCUGAUGACCCAUGUGUCUGUUGUGGAUUAGGGGGCACAGUUCUUUCAGCCAAAAUGAAUUUGAUAUACAAUAUAACAUGCAAACUGAUGUUUAAUACUGGUUUAAUGACAAAUGAAUUAAACGCUUUAAAAUCACUUCUGAUUUCCGCAGUCUCUACAUUCUAAAUUGGGAUAAAGCAGCACUUUGAUCUCCAUCCAAAUGUGGCUGUCAAAUGGGUUUUAAAUAGCACAGUGGAAUAGAAGUUAUUUUUGUUCAACCAAAAAAUAUAGGCCAUUGUUUCACUGCCUCAUUGCAACCUUUAUAUUCCGUCACAAAGACAUUUCCUGUGUGUAGAUGGAGGGAUACAAGCAGCAUACAUACUUCAAUGACAAAGCUCUACAUUGUUAUGUUCUUUGUCCACAAGUGACCACUUAUAAUGACACUUCCUUGUAGAAGACACAGUAUUUAAUCUACAUUAGUUUAGUUAAAACCUCUGUGACCUGUUCCUGUGUAUUUCAUUCUUUCAAGUUGUACGCCAUUGUAUAUUUGUUACAAAUACGACUGAGUCAUUGAAUUGAGCCAAUAUAGAUCAAGUAGCCCAUAAAGCAGGUCUCCCUCGAAAAAGAGAUUGUUGAUCUCAAUGGGAUUUUCACCUGGUUAAAUAAAGGCUACAAACAAACAAACAAAGCAACAUGAUAUGAAAUAUAUAUAUAUAUAUUUCAAUCAAAGUUACAGUCUUCUUAUUUAAAGGAAACCCUCAGCGUCAGCAGGGGGCGGUAUUGGUCUGAACAUUGCAUCAAGAUAUAGGUUAAAAUGUUCAAUUAUUGGUAAAAUUAACUUGUUUUAAUAAUAAAUACAUUUAAGUAAUUAUAUAAAUGUGUAUUUAAUGUAUGAAAACCUUUAUAAAUAUACAACAACUGAAAACUUC